ACGACUAUUUAAAGCGAUAACUUACACUGAGAGUGCAUUAGUUGUGGUGCAAAAUUCAUUAAAGAAAGUUGUUAAUAAUUGCAAAAAAUUUAAAAGAAAAAUUUAAACGAUUUAUAAAAAUUUGUAAUAACAACAAACAGGAUUAUUACCAGCAUUUAAACGGUUACAAUUUCGGAAAGUUAAAACGCCACAACUUAAUAUUUUUUUGGUUUAAAUUUUAUCCAUAUGUGGAAUGAGAUAAACAUUGGUGUCAAUGUUUAGACCCUUGUCAACAAAAUUACGUAAACAACGUUCAACUAAGGAACCUGCCAACUACCGAGGCUCACGCACUGGUAACGCCGCCAAUAAUCUAGAGCUUAAAGUUCUUACCCAUAUACAAUACGUGCCGUGAAAUUGCUUGUUCCGUGUUUAAUCUAACGGAAGGAUUAUAUUGACUUUUAAAUUUCUUUUUUUAAAAAAAAAAGACUUACAAUUUCUCACAAAAUGGUGUAUACAAAUCGCACAGAAAAGUGUUUGACUUCUCAGGAACCAAAUAACACCAAGAGCACUUCAAACGGCUCAAAGUCCUCUUUUGCCAGCAGUUCAAGCUCCAAUUCCUCAAGUUCGUCAAAUAAUGCUUGGUCCAAAAAUGCCUCGGACAAUGAUAAGUGGAAGUAUAAUAAUAUGGUGCGCAAUGAUCGUGAUAAAUUCAAUAACAUGCAUUUCUGUUAAAAAGUAUUUUUAAGUUUUAAAAUAUCUGCACCUCACUCCCAUACUUUGUUAAUCCAUUGGUCAAAUCCCACCCCUUGUAUAUGUAUGUAUAUGUAAGUUAGUCAGGUCCCUUAGUUAUGUAGUUUCAUAAUUUUUAAUUUCAAAACAAAAUCUCCCAAAUUAUAAAGAAAAUCGUUUAAAUCUAAUGUUUUGUACUUGCAUUUAAUAAACUUUGUUUUAAUUAAAAAUA